AUGCAAAUUAAGGUCUAUUAAUUCUAGUUGAAAAGAAUUAAAGCAAAUAAAGCAUAUACAGUUAGAUAAGAAAGGGAUUCCCAUCAUAAAUUUGAUUUUACAGAGAAAUUUCAUCAUUAAAGAAGAAAAAUUGCAAAGAAAAAUAGAAUAAAUCAUAUCAAAAAGCCAUCUGACCCAAAUUCAGGAGUCUUUGCUGACUUGGAUUUGGAAGAGGUAUCCAAUUUGAUUUAGGUAAAUAGAUUGAAGAAUAUGCAUUAGGAAGAAAAUUGCUUGACACAAUUUCUCUUUAAAUGAAAAACUUAGCUCCUUUAGCUAAUAUUGCUAGAAUGCUUUAAGAAUUGAGGGAAAACUAAUUAAUGUAAUAAAAAUAAGCUGAUUGAAACACGCAGCUGAGGCUGAUUGCGCUGCUGAAAUCGCCGGUUAUAAUAGAAGAAUUGACGAAUCAAAAACUGAAAUUACAGCAUUAUCUGCCUAAGUCUAAUAAUUGGAAAGCAAAAUUGAAAACAUCCAAUUGCAAUUGGGAAUCCUAAACGAUUAAGAAGAAACCUUGAGAACACAAAGAGCAAAAGAUGCUGAAGAAUUUGCUUAAAGAAUCAAAUCCACAGCUGAUGUAGUUGAAGCUUUGAAUGUUGUUGCUGCCAAAUUAUCGGCAUUCAACCAGAAUAAGACCCAAAGUCUGUUUUCUUAGAAUUACACAAUAUGGGUAAGAUUAACCCUAUUGCUGCUUUGGUUUCCAUCGCCUCAGCUUUCUCAAAGGAAAGAUUAAAAUAAUCUUUAGAAAAAAAUAAUUAAAAAUAAGAAAGAUUGUUGA